UGUUCAAUUGUUGUCAUUUGAUGUAAUGCCAUAUUGUCUCUCUGAAGUGAAUUUGUUGUUGCACUUUCUUUGUGACUAGUCUUGUGUUAUCACUCGGUCACAUUUUGCAAACACAGUAGGUCCGGCAUGUCAUUCUUCGCUUCCAAGGUUUUUCUUUAAGGUAUUUUGACCUCUCUUCCAGUAUCUUUGGUUUUGACGUAUGGAGAGUGUUUAUUGCUUCCGGAACGCUAGGAUAUCCACAGGUUCCAAGCUUGUUGCGAAGGAACUUUAAGUCAAUGAUCAUCUGCAGAAAGCUAUUGGAAGCAGGGCAAUUAAACUAAAGGUUUGAAUGAUUUGUUUCAGAAAAAUCGCUUCCAGACAUGGAGACUCGUAUCUUAGGAAGGCAACGGAGUUACUGUUAUGCAUUUGAUGUCAAUGAGUAACGUUAACAUUAGACCAGGAUAGCUAACGUAGCUAGCGAUAACAUUACAUGCCUUGCAAGGUAACCGUUGAGUCAGAGAAACAGAAACAUAAUUGGAUUGACUUUUUCCAAUGAAUUUGCUUUGUCCCAAUAGCGAAUGGAAUUACCAGCCGUUUUGUGGAUGGUGAGUCUCUUUUUCUUAAAGUUGACGUUAGCUGAAGAAGUCCCCAGCUAGCCAUACUUCCCAGCUUUAAAUUCGUACUGCGUGGCAGUAGGAGACGCUAACGUGGCUAACAUCAUAUCUCAGCUGUAAAUGAAGAUUGGUAUGGUGUAGUUGGUCUGCCCUACGGUUCCUGUGACAUGUCUUCACCGUCACCGGUACAAAUCAGGGAAGCAAAUGCACAUUUAGCUGCAUUGCAUCGGCGGGUUGCUGAGCUGGAGCAGAGACUCGAAGCAGCUGAGAAAACCGUGCGUGAGCAAGCUGAAAGCCUCAUCCGGAAAGAUGAACAGCUCAGAGCUGCUACUCAAGAAAUAACUGAGGCCAAAGACAGAGAGAUAUCCUACCUCCAUGAAAAACUCUGCCAGUCUGAGGAAACCAUCCAGAAGUUUCAACAUACAGUAAAGGAAAAGGAUGCUCUCAUUGGGCAGCUACAGCAUCGGUGCCAGCUCUUGGAUAACAUCUGCAAAAGUCGCCCAUUGCUGGACAAGAUGCUGUCACACAUGGCAGAAGCUGAGAGAAUGGGACCUGUUGUUGACUUGGGUGAGACUGCCAUCAACUCCUCUCUCACAGAUGGUGAGUCCAGCUGCAGUCCCAACCGUGUAUCCAAUCACAAGGACUUCUCCCUCAGCGAGGAUGACAUGGAUGACCAAGAGCUAGAUGGAGUGGUGUUUGGAACCACUGUUUGAGAAAAAUCCAUUACUUGAUUUCAACAUUAUUCAUGGCAUGCUGAACCUGAAGACCUUUCCAUGAUGUGUCCCAUGGGUAGGCUAAUGCGUCAGAUGGCAUGGCAUGUUCAGAGUCAUUGUUACAAUGUUGGCUGAGGUUUUGGAUUAAUUACCAUAGCGUGUGUUUUGAGAUCUAGCUUUGGUUCUUCCUUUGAAACAAAGAUAAGAAUGUAGAUAGACUAAUGGACCUUUAGUGAAAGGAUGUAGGAACAGACAGGAAUUAAUCAUACAGAUUUAAUUCAGAUAAUAUAUAUAUAUAUAUAUAUAUAUAUUUGUAAUAUUGUAAUGGUUAAUUGAAUUAUUUGUUUAGUAAAUUGUUUCAAACAGGACACAAUGACAUCAAAGAUACGGCAAGCUGUUGGCAUUCCUGAAAAACUUCUGCCUUGUUGACCAUCAUAGGUAACAAGGGCAGGCAGGCGUGGCAGUCUGUCUAAAAGUUUUGUUUGUAUUGGUUAAUACAGUUGGACCAUGUUGAUUUUUUUUUGUUGCUUAUUCAAGAGCUUAAUAUCAGAUUUAUUUCUCAGACAGUUUUGGUGACUCAUAGUAUCUAUUUUUAUGUUCACCAUCAGAAUGCAAAAUAACAAGCAAUGUAUUCCAAAACAGUUCAACUUAUAACAGCUUUAAAUGGAUGCAUCACGUUCAAGAGAAGAGUCUUCUCAAAUUGAGUUGACUUUAAACAACUGUGCAAAGUAUAGAAUGUAAUCUACAUGGAGAAAUGUAGAUUUUGGUGUGAAAUUUAAAAAUGGGGUAGCCACUUAGGAUAGUCUUUGAAGUUCUACUGUAUGUUGUAAUCUGCUUUGAAAUCCAUCAUCUGCAAAGCAUUGAAACUUAAGAACACAAUUCAGAUUGCCUUGAUUGAUCCUCUGAUGUCUAAUUCCCCCAUCCAAUCUUUGUUUCCUUGAUACAAAACCGUCUGCACAACUUGAAGUUCCUUUUUCCAGUUAUCUGUUUUGCCAUUACUGGCAUCUAUACCAUUAAUUACAGAAAUGGGAUAUAGGUCACAAUUUGAACUUCUGCAUGUGGUCCUGCCCUUUAUGAAGAAUGCUUCAGUGAAGCAAAUUCUAUGCAAAUUUUAUGUUUGCUUUUUAUCUAUUAAAUUGCUGCGCAUGAUAAGGGCAGUGUUACUAAAACAGCAGUGGUACCUUAAAAAGCUAUUUUUGCAUCUCUUUUCUGAAGGCUGUGUGUAGUGUUCUGUUUGCAGAAGUACAUAUUCAUGUAAUUUCAAAUGUAAUGUCUGGUAUUCUCAUGGUAAAGACUUUGUGGUAGCAAAGUCUGUUCUGUAAAGGAGGCCUAUGGACAGUUUAUGGAGAUGUUACAUGCCUUCAGCUGUUCAGGUGUAGAAUAAAAUCCUUUUCUGGA